AAUACGCAAAGGUUGGCAGCAGUGCUGCUGUUUUGGUCUGGUGAAGUGAAUAAGCAGAAUUUUAGUCUCCCACAAAAAUGGGACAAAAUCAAUCUGGAUCUGGUGGAGGAGGUGAUAAGAAGGAUGACAAGGAUAAGAAGAAGAAGUACGAGCCCCCAAUUCCCACGCGCGUGGGCAAGAAGAAGCGCAAGGCAAAGGGUCCGGAUGCGGCCAUGAAGCUGCCUCAAGUGACUCCCCACACGCGCUGUCGCCUGAAACUGCUGAAGCUGGAGCGGAUAAAGGACUACCUGCUAAUGGAGGAGGAGUUCAUUCGCAACCAGGAGCGCCUGAAGCCGCAGGAUGAGAAGAAUGAGGAGGAGCGCUCGAAAGUGGAUGAUCUGAGAGGCACACCAAUGUCUGUGGGCACACUGGAGGAGAUCAUCGAUGAUAACCACGCUAUUGUGUCCACCUCGGUGGGCAGCGAACACUAUGUGAGCAUUCUGUCGUUCGUGGACAAGGAUCAGCUGGAGCCGGGCUGUUCGGUGCUGCUGAACCACAAAGUUCACGCUGUCGUGGGCGUGCUGAGCGACGAUACGGAUCCCAUGGUGACGGUAAUGAAGCUGGAGAAGGCGCCACAGGAGACGUACGCGGACAUCGGUGGUCUGGACACGCAGAUCCAGGAGAUCAAGGAGUCUGUCGAGCUUCCCCUCACUCAUCCUGAGUACUACGAAGAGAUGGGCAUUAAGCCGCCGAAAGGAGUGAUCCUGUACGGCCCUCCGGGCACAGGCAAGACUCUGCUGGCGAAGGCGGUGGCCAACCAGACGUCCGCCACGUUCUUGCGCGUCGUGGGAUCGGAGCUCAUUCAGAAGUACCUCGGCGAUGGUCCGAAGCUGGUCAGGGAGCUCUUCCGUGUGGCUGAGGAGCACGCGCCGUCGAUUGUCUUCAUCGAUGAGAUCGACGCUGUGGGCACGAAGCGAUAUGACAGCAAUUCCGGUGGCGAGAGAGAAAUCCAGAGAACCAUGCUGGAGCUCCUCAAUCAGCUGGACGGCUUCGAUUCGCGUGGCGAUGUGAAAGUCAUCAUGGCCACGAAUAGGAUUGAGACUCUGGAUCCUGCCCUCAUUCGUCCUGGUCGCAUUGAUAGGAAGAUUGAAUUCCCGCUGCCCGAUGAGAAGACGAAGAGGCGCAUCUUCAACAUUCACACCUCCCGAAUGACUCUGGCUGAGGAUGUCAAUCUCAACGAGCUGAUCAUGGCCAAGGAUGAUCUCUCUGGAGCUGACAUCAAGGCGAUCUGCACCGAGGCGGGUCUCAUGGCGCUGCGGGAGCGGCGAAUGAAGGUGACCAACGAGGAUUUCAAGAAGUCCAAGGAGAGCGUGCUGUACAGGAAGAAGGAAGGCACGCCUGAAGGACUCUAUCUCUAA